GCUAGACAUUUGAGAAGUGUUUUGGCUAUUUAAACCAAUUCUCUCUGCCUCUUAUUCCUCCUCCCUCUUCAUUCAUAUUAACAGAGUUUGUGUAAUCUCUCUCAAUCUCUAUCUCUCUCCAUACACAUCUCUCCCUCUCUAUCUAUAUAUACACACACAUCUCUCUCCCCUCUCUCUCUCUCACAUAUAUAUCACAUUUUGCCUCUCAAUCCUGUUCUGUUUCAUAUCUUCUUCUGCAUUCUGAUCGAAAUGGAAUACGAGAACUGCUACAGGCAGGUUGAAAGGCCAAAAUAUGAUUGUCUUCUUUUCGAUCUAGAUGACACCCUUUAUCCCUACAGUUCUGGUUUGGCCACUGCAUGUAGCAAUAACAUCAAAGAUUAUAUGGUUGAGAAGCUUGGUAUAGAUAGGAGCGUAAUCUUUGAAAUGAGUAAUCUGCUGUACAAGAAUUAUGGAACAACAAUGGCUGGCUUGAGGGCUAUCGGCUAUGACUUUGAUUAUGAUGAAUAUCACAGCUAUGUUCAUGGAAGGUUACCGUAUGAGAAUCUAAAACCUGACCCUGUUCUUAGAAGCCUUCUGCUAAGCUUGCCUAUCCGUAAAGUUAUAUUCACAAAUGCUGACAAGGUCCAUGCUGUUAAAGCACUCAACAUACUAGGGCUGGAAGAUUGUUUUGAGGGGAUUAUUUGCUUUGAGACUCUGAAUCCUACUCACAAAAACAUUGUGUCUGAUGAUGAGGAUGACAUUCAAUUCACUGGUUCAAGAUCAUUUUCCAGCACCACUAACGACAACACUGAAAUAUUUGACAUCAUCGCACAUUUUUCUCAACCUAAUGCUUCGAUAUCAUCGUUACCAAAGACACCAAUUGUCUGCAAGCCAUCUACACAUGCCAUUGAGAAGGCACUCGAGAUAGGCAAGAUCAAUCCACAGAGAACACUUUUCUUUGAAGAUAGUGUACGAAACAUACAAUCUGGAAAGCUUGUUGGCCUUGAUACUGUACUUGUGGGAACUUCACAGAGGACUAAAGGCGCGGAUCAUGCGCUAGAAAGUAUCCACAAUUUAAGGGAUGCACUACCAGAGCUCUGGGUUGCUGUCAACAAGUCAUCAUCAGAGGUCGGUUACUCUGGCAAGGUUGCAGUGGAAAUGCCUGUGACAGCUUAGAAUUAUGUCUAACGAAUCAGUGCGAAAGAGAAAGAUGGAUAUAUUGAAUUGUAUGUCGUCGAUGGUGGGAUUUGUUAAAUCCCCCUCAUAGUUCUCUUUCCUUCCUAAGAUGUAAAUGUUUUGACGUUUUGUCGUUCUUAUCAAUAAUAUCAUAUAAAAUUAUCUGCUUUCA